UGGUGAAGAGGAUAAAAGUAAAGUUAAAGACAGGCCUGGGUCAGAUUUGAGAAUGCGUACCAAACAUCGCAGGUUUUCUCCGGGUACUCUUUCAGUUUUUCUCAACAAUAAUAUUACUCACUAGUUACUACUCAGUCUAGUGUCCAUAUGUGGAGGUCACAACUUCAAGUUAAAGAAGCCACCAGAAUAGAAAAUUGUGAAAAUCCAACCCGCUCUAUCAGUUUGCAACCGACCAUUGGCGAAGAGGAUAUCAACUCUCAUGUAACGAGUUUAAUUGCGUGAUAGCUGUCAUGCGAGAUUUGUAGUAAUUGAUGUGUAGUUUUCCUCUUUCAAGAAAUCUUUUGCUGUCAAUAGGGCACAAAGUUAUACAUAUGAAAAGUCUCACCAUGGCUGCCAAAGUAGGUUGCAAUUUGCAAGAAAAUAUUACAAGAAUAAAGGAAGCCUUUAUGGGUGGUGUGAAUGCUGUUCAACCACAUGAGCUUAUUAGAAAACACAUAACACAAGAUUCAGAGAAAUUGGUUAUUAAUGGAAUCAAGUUUGAUCUCCAACAAAAUGUUUAUAUGAUUGGAUUUGGAAAAGCUGUCAUUGGAAUGGUUCGACCCAUUGAGAGAGCUUUGACAACUUCGGAUGGUGUGACUCAUCUGAAGAGAGGAAUCAUAAGUGUUCCAUUUGGAAUACAGGAAACAUUUAUAAAUCACCCUGAUAUAUUACCCGAGGAAAACUCUCUUGUUGAAAUAGUGGAGGGAGCCAAAGAUAACAUUCCAGAUGAAGCUGCAUUUACUACUGCUAAAAGAAUUGUGUCACUGGUGAAAAAAUUGGGAGAAAAAGACAUCUUAUUAGUCUUGAUAUCAGGGGGAGGGUCAGCUCUCCUACCAUAUCCUAUUCCUCCCCUUUCAUUGAAUGAGAAAAUUGAAAUUAUAAAAUCACUUAGUCAGGCUGGGGCAAGCAUCACUGAUCUCAAUACAGUUCGAAAAGUUCUAUCAGUAACAAAAGGAGGUGGCCUGGCUGAGCUAACAAAAACAAGAAUUAUUUCCUUAAUCCUGUCAGAUAUCAUCAACAGUCCCCUUGACAUGAUUGCCAGUGGUCCAACAGUAUGUAACAGAGACGCACCUCAAUCUGCUGAAAAAGUCCUAGAAAAAUACAAUAUAUCAACUCCAGGCCACAUCAAGGCAAUCAUAAAGGGAAAAGCAACCAGUUCCACAGUGGCAGAAUUUUCCCAUGUUACUAAUUACAUCAUAGGCAGUAAUAAAACAGCUUUGUUGGGUGUUGAAACUUCAUUAUUUAGUCAAACUGGGAGUCACUGUUACCCAUUAAUCUUAUCAUCAUCCCUGAGAGGUGAAGCAUCAGAAAUUGGUAGGAAAAUGGCAGAAUUAGUAGUAGCCAUCACUCAGAUACUAGGUGGUAAACAAGAUGACCAGCUCUCAAAUUCACUACUCUCAGAUUUAUGUGUAGAUGUGGACAAGAAAAAAGCUAUCAUAGAUACUCUGGAAAAGAUUAGAAAAUUUCAGAGCCCUAUCUGGUUAGUGUUUGGUGGUGAGACUACAGUUACUGUGACAGGCUCUGGCCGAGGAGGAAGAAAUCAAGAGAUGGUCCUGUCUGCUAGUGUCGCUUUAGAGGAGAAACUGCAGAACACAAAAUUUGUUGGAGAAGUGAUUUUUUUGUCAGGUGGCACAGACGGCAUUGAUGGUCCUACAGAUGCAGCUGGAGCCCUUACAUACUGGUGUUCCUCGGACCAUGAUGUGAAAUCCCAACUACAGGAGGCUAGACAGCAAGGCCUCAGUCCAGAAAACUUCCUAGUUGAAGUCUUCUUGGCAUGGAUUCUGCUGAUAUUUGAAAAUACUCUCCAUCCAUCUCAAUCUCCCACAGGCGCUCGAUUUCCUCCUGUGUUGACAGCUUCCGCUUCAUCUCGUGCCAUACAUUCUUGAUGGGGUUUAAAUCUGGUGACUUCCCAAGCCACUCCAGCAAUGGAAUAGCCCUUUCAUGAAGCUAAGUUGUCACAUUUUGACCUGUAACAGGGGGCAUCAUCUUGCAUGAAGAAUGUGGACUGGUGAAGUCGAUAAUAAUCCAUUAAAUGUUUUUCCAAGACAGUCUUGUAGCGAUCAGAGUACAUUGUCAUGUUUUGGGGGAGGAAAUGGAGGCCAGCACGACCACGUUUUCCACUGAACGCUCCCCACACCAUCACACUUGCAGUAUUGUUUCACGGUUUUAAUGGUGUAACGAGGAUCAUCCCGGCUGGUGUUGGUGGGCCUUCUGAUUGUCCGUUUCCCUGCAGUAAGGACGCAAAAAGUGUUUUCAUUGGACCACAUCACAGAAUUCCAUUGUUCUUUGCUCCAGUGCUGGUAUUUUCUUGCAAAAAGCAAGCAGCUGAUGUGUUCUUGCUCGCAUCAUUACUACAAGGAGGAAAGUAAAAAACCUCGAUACCUAUUGUCAAACAUUACUAAAUAAAACUGCAAAUACGAUUUUCCAGUGUCUCGUUUCAGUACAAUGGCGAUAGAUAGCAGCAGGAAAAUUAGGCAUUUUGGGCCUAAAACCCAAAAUUGAUGUAGGUAGGACACCUCCAAUCUAAAAAUCAAGGUUAUUCCUGAAAUUUACUCUUAAAAAUACAUCAUUUGAUAACCCACCGUUAGAAAAAUAACUAAAGUUGCACUUCGACUCCUGAAAUUGACACACCUUACACCACACACUGCUGGCAAUCCUUUACAAUGUCGUUUUGUAGAUGUUCCAUCAUGGCAUCUAUAAUGCUCUCAAGUACUUUACAUACUAUGCUGGUCAGGCUCGCUGGUCUACAGUCAUUCGCGGAAUCGGUAGUUUAGACAAUUAUAAGACAUUUUUCUUCUAUAACAUUUCUUCCGUUCAUGAUUGCUUUCCAAGAAAAUCGCAGUAAAUUGUUGGAAAAUCAUCUUAUUUUUUCUAAGUUCUUGUUGAAAGUUGAUUUUUUUUUUCCGAUGGUUUUGGUGUGUUUUUCAUGAUUUUGGUAUUCAUUUCUACCGCAAAUCACUACUUUUUUAACUACUGUACUUUAUCCAACGAUAAUGGGGGACCCCAGUGGGAACCAGGGGUUUUGGAUGGGGGAAAAUAACAAAAAGUAGUAAUUUGCGAUAGAAAUGAAGAUCAGAAUCAUCCAAAACUAACCUAACCCUAAACCUAAACCAACCCAACCCUAAACCUAACCUAUCCACCUGUGUGCUUAGCUUCAUUAGACUCCUCUUCUUAGACUUGGGAAUAAAAAUUCUUCUCGGACAGUUCCAAAGGUAUUUUUCAUCUCAGUAACUACAAGGCUUGUUAUACCUUACUUUUACUUUUAUCCUCUUCACCAUUGAUUGGCUCGUUAGCCGCUUGGGCGAUCGGUCACGUCUCUGAUUACUUUUCCUUUUUUUUAUCCUCUUCACCAAAAGAUCGGCGCGUUAGGCGCUUGCGCGAUUGGUCACAUCUCUGUUACGCACUGUUGGCAAGUACGUACUGGACAUGCACCGGCUCCUGAAUGUACCUGAACCCGCUCCAGUGUUGGUCAUGUCUUGUCUUGAAAGAG